AUGUGCUUUUCCUCUAAGGAUCGAGACUUCCAAACCCCGCCAUCCCGCCCUGUCGCCUACUACCCACAGAUGGGUCGUCCGGUAUAUCAAAGCCAGUAUUACCAACAAGCCUAUAGUAAACGGAAUCCAAAGCGGAGAGGUGGAUCUGGAGGUGGCGGAUGGUUUGGCAGCGAUGGUGGCGGUGGUGAUUCCGGCGGUGGAGGAGGUGGUGGCGAUGGCGGAGGCGGAGGCGGAGGAUGA